AUGGCUACAAACGCUCCUCAUGUGCAUCCUGGACCUGGCACACCUGGCUUGCCCAUCACCAGCCUGGAGACACCUGCCAGGAGCAGAAGCCCGGAGGCCAAUAAAGACCCCAACUUUGCAAGUCAGGGGCGCGAGCGCUCUCGCCUCUCAGGUCCGCAGAGGGAACCGAUUUCCGGCCUCGAGGGUGGGGUGCGGGGUCAGUGUUCUCUACAGGAUAUAGGAGGACGUGCCCCCGAAGCUGGUCCGUCCCUCCACCCCCUGGGAUGCCACAGAACACCCGCCAGAGAGUUUCUUCCCCAGCGCCCACGAGAGCUGGGCUGCGGGCGGCAGCAGCAGGCGAAGAAUCCAGCGCCGCGAACUCAGGCCCCAGCGGUGCACGACCCCCCCACACCCCCGCAACAAAACUUGCGGCGGCCGCCUCUCGACUCAGCUGUGCACCCAGCCUGGCGCGGCGCCCGCCCAGCCUGGCGCGGCGCCCUCACCUCAGAAACGCUGGGUGGACUUCGUGGUAAUUUCCCAUCCAGAGGGCAGCCGGCAGCCGCGCCGCCGCGCCUCGGCCCAGCUCCUGGCGCCGCAGGUCGCCCCUCCCGCGUUCCCAAAAGCACCGCGCUCGCUCAGAAGCUCAGGCAGCCUCGCGACCCUCACCGACCCCUCCCAGUACCGCCGCUGUCUCAACCGCCACCCAGCCCCUCGCCUGCGCCUGCGCCUGCGCCUGCGGCCCACUGGCUCCUCAGGGUCCCGAUCGGCGCGUCAGGAGAACCCAAGGCGCAGGCCCGGCGGGGCCUUAAAGGGACCCGCGGCCUCUACUGCACAACGGGUUGGAGCAGUCUCCCUGAGCACAUCAAUUUAUUUGCUGAAAGGCCACAUCUCACUAUGGAGUGAGGAUCAAGAAGUAAAGGUCUGAAAGAGAGAAGCUGCGGGGCUGGGGAGACUGUUGGUCGGAGACACAUCGGGGGCCCAAGGAAAAGGGAGGAUUGUGGGGAGGAAUCGGCGUAGAGAUGAGAGGAGCAGCAGAGACAGUGUCUCACGCAGAGGUGUGCCCAGACACCCUGAACCAAGUUACUUAACCUCGUCAACCACUGUGGCAUCCGUGGGGUCCGUGGGCCCGUCGGUCUUCAGGAAGGGAUUCUGUGUCCCUGUUAUUGUGUGUCAACAUGUGCUAGCCUGAUAUUUAUAUUUUUAAUGAGAGAAAAUGAACUCCAGAAUUUGGGAACUGUUUUUUCGGUUUUGCUUUAUACCUCUUGGACACUCCUUCCGAAGGAUUGGGUCUCAAGGGCAUUGGGGUGUGACUAUGGUAGACAAGGGUGAUUAAUUUUCAUCUAAAACUCUUUGGCGGAUUCCCCUGCUCUCCGGUUCUCCAGUCUAACAGUACUUUAAAACAGAAGAUCAGCCAACAUUUGGAGAGUUGUUUUCUUUGCAUUUUAAUGAUAAACUUGAUUUAUUCAAUUCU